AUGGAUCCCCAGCAGCACCCGCUGUUCCUGUCAAGCAACAGUUUGCUGGCCACAAUGGCGCACGCACUACGCCAUCUUAAUGGGACACUCACGAACAACGGCUCCAGCCAGUACCAGCUUCCGGUUGCCACCACCACCGGUGCCUCUGGGCUACUCGAAAUGACACCCUUUCGCAACGAGAGCACCUUCAUUAACCCUCCGGACGCAGACGACGACAAUACGCCAACGAUCUCGAUGGACAAUCUCUACCCAGCGCUGAUACAGUGCUUCGCCAUCAUAAUUUGUGGCUACCUCGCAGGACGACUCAACAUCAUCAGUAACUUCGAGGCGAAGGGACUUAACACGUUCGUCGGCACGUUUGCGUUGCCAUCGGUCAUUUUCCUCUCCCUGGCCGAACUGAACUGGAGCACGGUCAACUGGAACUUCCUGCUCUCGAUUCUGAUCGCGAAGACGAUCGUGUUCCUGUCGGUGGGCAUUAUUUCGCUGUUGGUCGCACGACCCGUCAACUAUGGCCGGGCUGGUCUUUUGGCGAUCUUUUGCACCCAGAGCAACGAUUUCGCCAUCGGAUAUCCUAUCGUGUCGGCAUUGUACUCAAAAAUCCAUCCCGAGUAUGCGUCGUACAUCUACCUGCUGGCGCCCAUCUCGCUGGCCAUCCUCAAUCCCAUCGGGUUCGUGUUGAUGGAAAUUUCUAAAAUAAAGGAGAAAAACGCUGAAAAUAAUCAAUCGGCAAACGAAGUAGCGAGCCACCCACCCACGACAUGCCCCGAACUGGCCGCACAAAACCGUCGCAAAAUCCUCAAAGGAAAGGCGCUGGUCGUUUUCAAGAUGGUCGAGUCCAUCUUCUUCAAUCCGAUCCUGCUCAUGACGCUGCUGGGUGUGAUCGGUGGGCAGAUCUUCUCCAACGGGCUUCCGGUGUAUCUUUCGAGCGUGUUGCGUUCCCUGGGAAAUUCCUUCUCCGCUACGGCACUAUUCCUGCUCGGUCUGCGCAUGGUCGGGAAAGCUUCGACACUGCAGGGACCGGGUUUGAUCCUGCCCGGCAUCCUGAUCCUCGUGAAGCUGCUGGUAUUCCCGCUCGUAACGCGCCAAACGGUUAACAUCAUGAAUGCUGGGGCAAACUUUAGUGAAACCACUGACCUGAGCACGUUCGGGUUCCUUUACGGCACGUUUCCGGCCGCUCCGGGUGUGUUUGUGAUCGCGUCACAGUACAACCGGGACGUGGAUUUGAUCGCUAGCAGCAUGGUCGCCUCGACGUUUAUCAGUGCACCGUUGAUGUUCAUCUCGGCGAAGAUGAUCACGAUCACCAACCUUACACCGGCAGACUACCUGAACGAGCUGGACAAAUUUUCCUUCGACAUCAGCAUUGUGGCGAUCAUUGCAGGAGUUUGGAUGUUGCUGUUGCUUGCACUUACGCGGAAAGUGAAGCGAAUGCCCCAACGCAUCACGUGUUGUCUGCUCGUAUCGCAACUCAUCUGCAACGUCGGUGUCAUUCUAUGGUCCACACUUGAGCAGGACAGCCUGUGGAAGAUGUACCUGCAGUUUUACUUUUUCACCAUCGGUUGCUACAGCAGCCGGUUGUGGACGGCUUUCCUCGCUAUUACCAUACUGUUCCUGCAAUGCCGCAGUCUUUGCUUCGUGCUUAAACUCUGGCCAGUGUUUAUUGUCGCAGCCUGGGGUUUACCAACGGUGAUGGUCUCGUUGCUGCUGUUUGUCGAUGGGAAAAACAUUGUGCCGACGGAAAAGCGAAACCCAAGCUUUCAGUACGGCAAUGCACAAGCCGCAAUCGCCGUGUUCCUGUUGGUGAUGUGUUUCAUUGUCACCGUGGGUUGUUUAAUACUGCACCAACGCUUUAAAAAGCGACACGAACGCUAUCUUACGCUUUCGCGCGAGGUAUCAUCACCGGAAGCGGACUCGAGCCCCGUCACAACCAGCUCGGUGGUGAAUCUGCUGACAGGCGGUGGAAAUUCGACCAUUCACCAGCGGAGACGCCACUCAGUGACGUCAAGCGAUGACGAAAUCCUUCCGACAUCCGGAUGUCAGCCAGGUGUGGGAAAUGGCGGGUGUAGUGGUGCGGCAGGGACACCAAACGGUGGCGCAGGAUGCUGCAGUAGCUCAUCCGGCACGAUCCGCACGGUAGUGGACAUUGAGGAUCUGGCCAUCGGGAGUAGCAUCAAUAACGGUGACGUCACCGACAGUGCCGGUUCUCCGACGAUCCAACCAAGCGGAAUGUGCGCGGCACAGUUCAAUUGUCCAACCGCCGGAAAGCAACAGUGUCAGUCGCUUAUCGAUCGUUACCGCGAGCAAGCCAGCGAUGGAUUGGAACCACUCGAGUACGACAAAACCGGCGACGAGCAGCAGAUACUGCGCCACAUGGUUUUACUUAUCUUGCUGCUAUGUUCGAUGUUCGUUGGGCUGUCGCUUUCCGUGUGGACGCUCGUCAUGGAGGGCAUGUCGGGUAUUUACGUGGAGCUCACGUUUCUCGACGCGUUCCUCAACUUUGGCCAAAGCAUCAUCGUCCUGGCGGUGUUCAUCACGGACACCGGCGAGUUGCUCCUGCCGAUGAUGAAGUUCUGGCGCAAGGUUUGGUACGGUGCGAACCUGCUGCAGUUGCCCAUCUGGAGCGAGCUGAGCUCGGAAACGCGGCACGUGUGCGAUCAGUUCACCACACAUCACCUCGAGAAUUGCCGGAAGGCGAUCGCCAAAGACAUUCGCUGGCGCAUCAAGGUGUACCGGCGCGUGUUUUACGGCAACGUCUUCGUCGAUUGGCUGCUGGAAGUUGGUCUGGCGAAGGAUCGAACCGACGCCACACAUUACGCCCGCCGGCUGAUUGAUGGACGCGUUCUACGGCAUAUUAACAACGUGUAUCACUUCCACGAUCGAAAUCUGCUCUACACGUUCUGCGAACGGUUGUAAGGCCUCUCGGUGUGGAACCCGGUGGGGAAAACACCAAACGCACAAAGGAGAAACACACGCACCGGCUGGUUAUUGCUUCUCGUGCAGCCAUUGUCGCCUUGACGUCGUAGGUGGAAGUAGAUGUACCAUGAAUCAUACGCGACCAAACGCAUGAUUAGAACUAUUGUACUUCCUCCUCCCCUGCGAGGCGACAACAGGAAGGAAUGUGCCGCUGGUGUGCUGUUUUUCACGUACGAUAACCUAUCGGAACGAUAGUUAUGCCAAAAAAGAAACCGCUCCUGGAGCAGAUCCUUUGUUUGAUAGUUACAUUAGAUGGCGUAGCUAGUUGCGUUGUACAUUGUUUUAAAGCUUGUUAGGAUCGAAUGUGUAAGGAUGAUGAGGAAUGGAGGCAGAGGGACUUACCUUUUGCAGCCAUGUGAUAUGAGAAGGCUAGAUGAGGAACGGGGACCGACAUCGAAACACGCACCAAGAGUAGUUUGGUGAGGCGUUCAAACUGUUUUUUUGUUCUUUUUUUUAUUCGAACGAACGAUCGCCAAAUACUACUAAGUGCUGUAAGCAUUAGCAGUAGGGGAAAAGGACCUUCUGUAGAGUAGCGCUAUUGGCGUAAAUAACUCUCAACACCAAUUUCGCAUUGUGCAACACAAGACAACGGUGUGCUUUAAAUAAAAGUCUAUACACGUUAAGAAAAACACAAAGUAUUGAAAUGGCAGCAGGCGUAUCAUGUGGUCGGGGAUAUAGGAUGGCUACGAGCACUUCAUCGUACCAUGUAUACGCGCCUCGUCUCAACUGCGGAAGCUCAAAUCUCUAGGCGGAGGGAGACGAUAAAAAAAACCACUGUCUAGCGUAAUCAUUAGAUGCCGAUGUACUAUUUAUUGUGUAAAAAUAAACUAUAAUAUUGAUACCGCACAGCCUCUAGCCUUUA